UCUCAUCAACAUUUUUUAAUCACAAAACUAAAAUGUCUCCACAAAACUUGUAAAUUUCUUUGUCAACUCUGCUCUUUCUACUUCAAAGAAAAGUGAAGAGCAUAUAAAAACAUCAUUUACUUCACUUUCAAGACCAAUCAAUUUUCUCUUCCCUAUUCUCUCCCUUUCUUGCUAAAAUGUUUUCCUUUCCUUUUAGUUAUGCCAAUCAAUUAGUCCCCCACUAUUCCCGUCUUUAGCAAUAAGCUACCCAAAUUUAUUUGUCCCUUCUUUACCUCUCUCCCCUAAAGCACAAACCAACCAACCUCAUUACUCAGCAUACAAACAAAAUUAUCACUCUUUAGAUAUUCUUUUUUCUUAUACUUUUGUUCUGUUCUUCACUAAUUUACUUUACUUUACUCUUUUUUUCCAUAAUUUUCUAAAAACUAUGAAAAAUAUGAAGAGGGUUUUCCUUUUUCUUGGUUGUAUUUCUACUAAAACUUCUGAUUCUCCUAAUAAUAAUCAUAUUACUACCUUGGAAAACAUGCUUAAAACUGUUCAAUCCCCAGUAUGGGAACCUCCAGCAGCAGUAGGCAGUAAGGAGGAAGCUUUUUUUGAUUCAAAGCCUUGGCUAGAGUCUGAUGAUGAACAAGAGUUCUACAGUGUCAAUGAUGAUAUUCCCCCAUAUAAGCUAUCAAACAAGGAUGAAAAUCAUCAAGGAAGGAGGCUAUCAGAACUAUUCAAAGAUAGCAGUUUCAACAGUGAAAGCCCAACAAGUCUUAAAGCAUUAUGCUUUGAACAAUUAAAGGAGGAAAAUGAUCAAAUUCCAACAACAAUUGGUAGUAAAAUUCAAAGGGGAAAAAAGGGUAAAUCAACUAAGCAUUGUUUGCCAAGUUUAGCAAGAACUUUAAGUUGUGGUGAUAGAAAAAAGAGGCAUAGUCCUAGCAAGAUGGGUGUUGUAACAAGUUGAAGAUGGCGCAAUUUGGCCUUGACAUGGGCUUUGUAAAGAGAAAUAAAUAAUUACUCGGAUCGCUUUGCUCGGAUUUCAUUGUCACGUUGAUAUUGUAUUUGUAAUCUGAUGUAUGAGUGUAUCCAUGUGAUGGUGAAAUCCGAAUCAGGAAAUUAUAUAUCAAAGUAACAAAAAUGACUUGUUUUAUACUUUUUAAAAUAUUUAUAAUAAUAAAUAAAAAUUAGUAUUAUAUUGA